AAUACCCACUGAUCAUACUGGGAAUUGGGGAGCUUCCUCCACCCUGACCUCUGACCUUUUCAUAAUUUCUCACAGGUUUCUGAGUCAAGACAAGUGGAUCCUACCCUCCAAACCUCAUGGAGGCGGUGACAUUCGGCGACGUGGCUGUGCACUUCUCUCGGGAGGAGUGGCAGUGUCUGGAUUCUGGGCAGCGGGCGCUCUACAGGGAGGUGAUGCUGGAGAACCACAGCAGUGUGGCUGGACUAGCAGGAUUCCUGGUCCUUAAGCCUGAGCUGAUCUCCCGGCUGGAGCAAGGACAAGAGCCAUGGGUCCUUGACCUACAGGGAGCAGAAAGGACAGAGACACCGUGGAUUUGCCAGACAGAUUCUGCUGUUAGAACUGGUCCCAAGCAGACCUGUGAGUACAGGAACAUUCUCAAGAGGCAGAUUCCUGGCUUUAGAGACAAUUUGGAUUCUAAGGUCUUGCCAGGUAAUCGCCCCAGCAGCCUUGGGGUAAGAGCGAGUGGCUCACUCCUCCAGAAGCGCCAUUUGGAUAACGAGACCGUGGCUUCCAAGAAUGACACUCAGAACACUGUUCAGGAGUGUAAGGAGCCUCAGGCCACUGGUGUGGGUCACCAGCCUGAUGAACAGAGAGGCGGUGUGAAGGGGACAGGACACUGUGAAGUGUGCGGCAGAGUCUUUACACCAACUUUGAACCUGAAUCCAUAUCUGGAAAGGAACAUGCAGAAAAAACCGUACAGAUGCCAGGAGUGCCAAAAACCAUUAUUUGACUGCUCACAGGAGAAAUACACUACUGACUUCCAUGGGAAGACUUCCUCUUAUGAGUGCGAGGAAUGUGGGAAGGUUUUCAGGCUGUGCUCACAACUCAGUCAGCAUCAGAGAAUCCACACUGGAGAGAAACCUUUUAAAUGUGUUGACUGUGGAAAGGCUUUUCGGCUGAGCUCCAAGCUUAUUCAGCAUCAAAGAAUCCACACUGGAGAGAAGCCUUACAGGUGUGAGGACUGUGGGAAAACCUUUGGUCAGAGCUCAAGUCUCAUCCAUCAUCAGAGAAUCCAUACAGGAGAAAGGCCCUACAGUUGUCAAGAGUGCGGGAAAGCCUUCAGCCAGCAAUCACAGCUGCUUAGACAUCAGAGGACUCACACUGGAGAGAGGCCCUACCCCUGCCAGGAGUGUGGCAAGGCCUUCAGCCAGAGCUCAGCCCUAGCCCAGCAUCAGAGGAUGCACACUGGGGAGAAACCUCAGACGUCAAGAGCUUCAGAGAACCCGGGCCUUAUUGCCCAUCAGAGAAAUAACGCCGUAGACAAGCCAUUCAGGUGUGAGGAGUGUGGGAAAGCCUUCAGGUGGGUCUCUCGCCUGAAUCAACACCUGCUUGUUCAUACCGGAGAGAAACCCUACAAGUGCAACAAGUGCACGAAAGCCUUUGGUUGUAGCUCACGACUGAUUCGCCAUCAGAGAACUCACACUGGGGAGAAACCGUUCAAAUGCGAUGAGUGUGGGAAGGGCUUUGUCCAGGGUUCACACCUCACUCAGCAUCAGCGAAUCCACACAGGAGAGAAACCCUAUGUGUGCGGUGACUGUGGGAAAGCCUUCAGCCAGAGCUCCAGCCUCAUUUACCACCAGAGGAUUCAUAAGGGAGAGAAGCCAUAUGAAUGCAUCCAGUGUGGAAAAGCCUUCAGUAUGAGCACACAGCUCACCAUCCACCAGAGGGUCCACACUGGGGAGAGACCCUAUAAGUGUACCGAGUGUGGAAAAGCCUUCAGUCAAAACUCAACCCUUUUCCAGCACCAGAUAAUUCAUGCUGGCGUGAAGCCCUACGAGUGUAGUGAGUGUGGAAAGGCCUUCAGUCGGAGCUCGUACCUUAUCGAACACCAGAGAAUACACACCAGAGCCCAGUGGGACUGUGAAUUUGGAAACUCCCUAGAAAGUUCCACCUUUUUGAACCAUAAAAAAGUGAACACUGUAAAAAAGUUGCACCAGUGUGAUGACUGUGAGAAGAUAUUCAGGUGGCGUUCACACCUGAUUAUACACCAGAGGAUUCACACAGGGGAGAAGCCUUACAAAUGUAAUGCUUGUGGCAAAGCUUUUAAUCGGAGCUCAAGGCUCACUCAGCACCAAAAAAUUCACAUUGGGUAAAUCAUUUACCUAAAUGCCUUAGUUUCUUCUCUAUUGCCGUGGA